AUGAGCAUUGGCUUCCAGAUCUUGCGUUCCAAGUUCUUUUCCGCGGUUUCCUCUAUUCGGAACCCUGGAGGGGCAAUUCGGUCAUAUGGGUUACCAGCGGCCAUGAAGGUAAUCAUAGUCGUGAUGUUGAUGAAGAGGAAGGAGAGUAGGAGGAACCUCACACCGAAUCAGUCCCGUCUUCUGCAAAUCAUUCUGGAGAAAGAUGGGAAAAUUGCCCAACUUUUGCACCAGAUUGCACAAAUGAAUGAAAUACUGAUAGAUAGUCACAAAGCUUUGGCUGGAAAAGUGGUUAAAUGA